GUUUCCCGUUCUUCACAGAGAACGCCGCGCAUCCCCGCCGCCGCCGGCUAUGCCACGGUCGCUCCCAGCCGCCGCCGCCGUGGCCGCCACCCGCCGCCUCCUAUGCACCACAAUCGCCGACGCGACCCCCUCCCCAGCCCACCUCCUCGCUCUGCCGCCCGUCGCGCCCUCACCCACCGCCGACGAGCUCGCGCGCCUGCUCCUCGCCCACCACAACCCCUUCCACCCAUCCGAGUCGCCGCUCCAGCUCCUCUCCGGCGGGGGCGUGUCCCUCUCCCAGGACCUCCUCGUGCAGAUCCUCCUCCGCCUCCGCGGGGCAUCCAAGCUCGCGCUCUCGCUCCUCAACGCCGCCCGCCUCCACCCGUCCGUCUCGUCCCCGCCGAACGCCGACGCCUAUGACGCCGUCGUCGACGCUCUCGGCCGGGCGCACCAGUUCGACGCCGCGUGGCGGCUCGUCGUCGAGGCCGCCGCCGACGGCGCCGCCACGCCCCGCACCUUCGCGGUGCUUGCGAGGAGGUACGUCGCCGCCGGGAUGACCAGGCAGGCGGUGCGCGCAUUCGAUGACAUGGAGGCCUUCGUAGGGAGAGAGCCCGACGCCGGGGAGUUCACCACUCUUCUUGACACGCUCUGCAAAUACAAGUACCCCAAGGUUGCUGCGGAGGUAUUUAAUAAAAGAAAAUACAAAUAUGAACCAAAUGAAAAGAUGUACACUAUUCUAAUUUAUGGCUGGUGCAAAGUAAACCGAAAUGACAUGUCUCAGAAGUUCCUAAAAGAUAUGAUUGAUCAUGGGAUAGAGCCAAACAUAGUUACAUACAAUAUUCUCUUAAAUGGUAUCUGUAGGCAUGCAAGUUUGCACCCUGAUAACCGGUUUGAUAGAACAGUUCAUGCAGCUGAGAAUCUCUUGAAGGAGAUGCAUGACAGGGGAAUUGAACCAGAUGUAACAAGCUACUCAAUCAUCCUGCAUGUUUACAGUCGUGCACAUAAGGCUGAGCUAUGCUUGUGUAUGUUCCGCUCGAUGAAGGAUAGAGGCAUUUGCCCCACGGUGGCGACCUACACUUCUGUGAUUAAGUGCCUUGCUUCGUGUGGGCGACUGGAAGAUGCUGAGAGGUUACUCCAUGAGAUGGCUAGUGAGGGUGUAUGCCCCUCCCCAGCGACCUACAAUUGUUUUUUCAAGGAGUACCGAGGGAGGAAAGACAUCACUGGUGCCCUAGAAUUGUACAAUAAGAUGAAGGCUCCUGGUUCACCAACUACACCAGAUAUUCACAGCUACAAUAUAUUGCUUGGAAUGUUCAUCAAGUUGAACCGACAUGGAACUGUUAUGGAACUUUGGAAUGAUAUGUGUGAAAGCACGGUUGGUCCAGAUCUUGAUUCAUAUACAUUACUGAUCCAUGGUUUAUGUGACAAGGAGAAAUGGAGAGAGGCAUGCCAGUUCUUCAUGGAAAUGAUAGAGAAAGGUUUUCUUCCCCAAAAGAUUACCUUUGAGACACUGUAUCGCGGUCUUAUACAAGCUGACAUGUUAAGGACCUGGAGAAGGUUGAAGAAAAGAGUUGAUGAAGAAGCAGCAAAAUUUGGUGACGAAUACAAAUUGUAUCACAUCAAGCCUUACAAGAGGUGAUUAGUUGCCAUAAAAUAGAUGAUUAUGUUUCUUCAUUUGGUUGGUUCCAGCAGUUGUAAUCAUACUGUCAUACUUUGCUCGAUUGGAGCACGGUUGGAAUAUGUAUCCUGCUACUGCUGUCAUUCUGAGGUGAACUUUCUGAGCUAAGAAGCACUUGAGGGAACACAUGUCACAGUACACAGAUUUGAAUGAAAUCGCGGUUUCUCAUGCAUGCGCUGUCUAUUCAGCGAAUCUGGUAUUAUGAUUCUUUGGUGUUUGGGUAAACUGGAAGGUAAACUUCCUUCUUACUGAUUUCAGAUGUUCAUCCUUAAUUUGGAUCUGUACAGAACAGCUUUGUUGGACUUAAGUCAACUGUGGACCAUUUUGUCGGUCUGUGUAUUACAGAAAGGUGCUGUCCUAACACCUGAUACAAUUAUUGCCUAGGUGGAAAAUAGCACUGCUCAUUUUCUUGCGAGCAAUUUGGCCAGUUUGAUGGUGCUGCUUGCAGGACAUGCAGAUAUCCCGAUUAUUUUGUAGUAUUACGUUUGGCCUAAAGCCAAAUGGGGCUGUGUUUGUUUUAGCAGACAGCAAUGCCAUCUGCUGUGAGUAUCUCAGAAGGCUAAAAGUUAUCCACGUGAGAAGAUUGUAGCCUUUUUUGAACAAGCUGUAUACCUUAUUAUUCACGAAAGACAGCCAGACUAGUUUCAGUAUGUUAAGAAAAAUAAAAAGUGCAAAAGUUACAAGGAGUUGGGAGGUUAGGAAACUGGCUCUAUCCCUGAAGAAUUUACAGGAUUUACCAGGUAACCAUCUUCCCUGGUUAGAUACCAGGGUUCCUGGCUGAGCUACCUUUAGUUACUCUGGAAUUGUCCCUAAGCAACUUCAUGGGAAUGCUGUCUGAAUCGUGGUGGGAGUUAUCAGCUCUUUAUAACCUCCCCUAGCAUUGGUAGGCUGUCUAGCUUGGAGAGAUUGCAGUUAGGCAAUAACUAUUUGGAAAGACCCAUCCCCUGGUCUGUCGGCCCUCUACGGAAUCUGACAAUUCUGUCUUUGCUGCAUGGCAAUGGGUUAUCUGGAAACAUACCUAUAGAGCUCUUCAACUGCUGAAACCUUGCCAUGCUGGACCUGAGCUCUAAUAAUCUGUCUGUGCCGAGGGCCAUAUCUAACUUGACAAUGCUCAAUAGCCUGAUUUUGUCUUAUAACCAGUUAUCUGGUGCUAUUCCUGCUGAGAUCUGUGUGGGAUUUGAGAAUGAGGAUCACCCUGACUCGGAGUUUGUUCAGCAUAAAGGCCUUCUUGAUCUGUCAUACAACCACUUGACUGGUCAAAUUUUGAUAGCAAAAAAAAAAAAAAAAUGUUCUUUGCUGAUGGUGCUAUAUCUGCAAAGGCAGUUUACUGAAUGGCAGCAUUUGUUCGGUCAGUUGACAAAUCUUACAACCAUUAGUCUGUCUUUUAAUGGAUUAUUAAUCCGACCGAUGCGUCGCCAUUGGUACAACUCCAAGGCCUUAUGCUAUCAAAUAACCACCUAGAUGGCACCAUUCCUGCUGAGAUAGGCCAAAUUCUUCCCAGCAUUUCAAUGACAGACUUGCCUGCUAAUGAACUUGCUGGAAAUCUAACCCAGCCUUUUGCUGUGCAACAAAUAGCUGAACCGUCUGGAUGUAAGUAACAACAAUCUCUCUGGAAAAAAUUCUGUUCUCUUGUCCCAAGGACGGAGAAUCCUCGAGCUAACUGAUGUGUAACCAUUUCUCAGUGACCCAAGAUGAUUGUAUCUCGAACUGCACGUACACAACUGUCUUUUCUUGAUGUCAACAACAAUAGCCUCACUGGAAGCUUACUCUCUGAUUGCAGCCUUUUGAACUAUCUUGACCUCUCAAGCAUUGAUUUCUAUGGUUACAUCCCUUGUGGUAUCUGCAAUAUAUAUGACCUCACAUUUGCCAACUUCUCUGGUAAGCACCCCAGCACGUACAACUCAGGCAGAUUGUGCAGCUGGAGAUGUUUGCUCCACUAAGGUGGCUCAUCCAUCUCAUCGAUCUCGAAGAUUGGCGAUCAUUUGUGCCUUUUCACUUGUUGUCAUCAUCGUGUUAGUUCUUCUGGUAGUUUAUCUGAGAUAGAAACCAUUGAGGAGCAGAUCAUUGGUUUUUGCUACCAUUGAGCCAACCUCAUGCGAUGAAUCCUAGGAAGGAAGUCACGUCCUCAUGGGAACCUCUGAGUCUUGAGAUAUGGCUGAGGAACCGAGCAGAUGCAGUUGAAGCACUUGGAUCUUGGAUGACCAGACGAUCUCAAUAUCUGCUUCUGUUCUGCGCGUGGCUUGCUUUCCUCCAUGAAGGAUUUGUGCCCCAUAUCAUCCACCGGGACAUGAAAUCAACCAAGAUUCUGUUGGAUGAGAAUUUCAAGCCGAGGAUCUCUGACUUUGGCCUCACAAGGAUAAUGAGUGCAUGCAAGGCCCAUGCCGGUACUACACAGCAUCCCUCAGAGUACAACAUGAGAAUGAAGUCCAACACAAAAGGCAACGUGUAAAGCUUCGGUGUGGUCAUGCUGGAGCUUCUCGCAGGACGGCCACUUGCAGGGAAAGAAGAUGUGGAAGGGGGUGGAAACAUUGUCAGCUGGGUAUGAUGGAUGAUCAUGCGGCAAGGGGGACAAGCUGUUUGAUCCUUGCAUGCCAGUAUCAGGCGUGUGGGGGAGCUGAUGGUGCGUUGUGAUCACCAUUCCCCUGGACUGCACCCCGAGGAGCUGUGGAAGAGGCCGGGCCUGCAGGAGGUGGUGAAAGGACUCGAGAUGACCCAGAUGAUAGAAUGCGGACUUCUGGUAAUGACAGUGUCCAGGGGCACAUAGCGCUUACCUUGAAGCACUGUUCUUCUGGACUGGACAGUGAUGCGAUGUAAUGAUGUAGGCUAAUGGUAGGUAACUUGUAGCCGUAGAGUAAGGUCACUGGAGAUUGUAGCAAGAGAAACUAGUGUUGCUCAUUUUCAGGCUGUAGGUGGGACAAAUGCUAUUGUAUGUUCAUCCGCGUAUUGUUUGUCAGGUCUCAUCAUGUCAGCAUGAGUGUUUUACAAGCUAACAACAUGGUUGUGCUAAAAGUUUACUUUUUUUUUAAUGUAUAACUGAUAUUUCUAAUCUGAUGUUGUUCGACGGUGUAC